AUGGUCUCUAAAAUUUUAUGCGUUGCAGAGAAACCUGCAAUCGCUAAGUUAGUGGCUCAGCAUCUGUCUGGCGGGCGCAUCAGAACAUCUGGAAUUGAAGGCAGUCAAUAUGUUAAAAAUUACGAAUUUGAUUUUACAUUCGGUCCCCCGUGGGGUAGCUGCUCCGUUGUUAUGACAAGCGUUCUAGGGCAUUUAACAGCCUCGGACUUUGAACCAAGAUAUAGGAACUGGAAUUCGUGCAAUCCAUCCCAACUCUUUGCUGCGAGCGUUAUCAUUGCUGUUGAUAAAGAAAAACUUGGCAUAGCUCAAAAUAUCAAAAGACAAGCCAGGAACUCCAGGGCUCUCUUUAUAUGGACUGAUUGUGAUAGAGAAGGGGAGCAUAUAGGCUCCGAAGUUCGAGAUCAAGCCGUGCUUGGUAACCCGAGCAUUGAAAUCAAAAGGGCAAAAUUUAGCAAUACCGAACGAACUCAUGUGCUACAAGCUGCUCGGAGACCUAAUAAGACUUGA